AUGCGCCUGCAUGGCCUUCUCUUCCUUAUACUAAUAAAACUAGCAUACUCAUUUAAAGUGAUGAGAAUAACUAUCCCGAAUACGAGCGGACUGAAUGUUGUGGACAGCAACUUCGAGCCAAAAUACUUUAUCAAAAAUAAAUUACGUUUUGUUAGUCCCUAUGUGUACACGUAUAAGCUAUACACGAAGAAACGAUGGAUCGGGGAAAGAAUUGCAGAUGUGUUAACCUCAGAAUUUUGCGCAUACGAUUUAAACUACUUCAAGGAAUCUAUAAGAAAAGGUUACAUAAAAGUAAACAAAGAAAAUGUGCCCUGUGAUUACCUCCUGAAAAGCAAUGACCUAAUCCAGCAUAAACUUCUGCUGUUCGAAAAACCAGUCAUAUGUAAUAAAAUAUUAAUUCUUUAUGAAGAUCAAAAUUUUAUUUGCGUAUACAAAUCUGCUAGUAUGCCUACCCACCCGGUUGGCUUCUAUCAAUAUAAUUCCCUUUUGCGAAUUUUACAAAACUAUAUAAGCUCAACUUUAGGAAAGGGAAAAUUGUCUGGGGAGGAAAAGUCUGGUGAGACAAAAACAGAGAAGGGCCAGGAAGAAAGGAACGAAGGGGACGUCAUCAAAAUUAGCUUCAAUUUUAAGAAAACCAAUUUUAAGGAUAUUCCAGGGGUGGAAUCCCCUUCUCGUCAGAACGAAUCACAAGGGAAGGAACAGAAAGGGGACAACGAGGGACAACAUGAAGGAGAGCAGCGCGAAUAUGUGAUAGAAAACUCGAAGAAGAGAAAACAAACAAAAACAUUUCUAGAUCAUAAUAAUUACCUGAACAAGUCAGGUCAAAGUCGUAAAAAAGUAGCAACAAAUGUAAAAGGCGAUCAUAUCAAUGGGGAUGAAUGUCUUACCAGCCAGAGGGAUUUAGACGAAGGGAAGGAGCAAAUUGAGAUGUUAAACGAGGUAGGAAGCGUACCAGAACGUGGUAGCGGCUUUGCUGAAGAGGGAAACAAGCAGAACGAAGGGAAAGCUGAUGCAGACAAGUCGGAAAAACCGCCUGUACCGUUCAUAUCGGAAAACGCGCAACGAAGGGGAAAACACAUCAAGUCUUGUAACAACGAAAAGAAAGACAAACAGGAAAAGGACGACUCCUACAUUUACACACUACAUAGACUCGACAAGCUAACUUCAGGCAUUGUCCUGUUUGGAAAAAAUAAAAACUUUUCCACCUUUUUCUCACAGAAUAUCUCAAAUAAUAGCAUAAAAAAAUCCUACAUUACGAGAGUAGACGGAGAUUUCCGUACCCUCAUUAGGACACUCAUGAAUGAGAAAAAGGUGAUUAAUGACAUGAAUAACAAAACCUUGAACGAGUUAGUAGAAAACUACUGCUCUGUUGGCAAGGACGAUUCGCUUUUCGCAUUCAACGACGGCAACUCGUUUAAAAAUGACGUUUUCCUGCAUAGAAAUAGGUACUGUGAAGAGGGCGCUAUCAGCGGGGAGGGAGACAUGGAGGCCUUGGCAUGCAUCGUGCGGGAAAAGAAGAACUACCUGCUGGAUGACUUUGACGUGGACAAAUUUUUUGGAGGUGCAGAAGAGGGAAGCGUAGGCGACGUAGACGCAAAGCGCGGUGACAAAAAUCGCAGUGGAGAGGAGGAGGACGACGAACUUCUCCGACAACACUUCGUCGUGGACUUCGGAUACAUGUAUUGUGAAAAUAAAAAGUUGCUCAAGUACGUUUUUACAAAAUAUUCACAGAGAAACCGCCAAAUCACAGAGGAGUACUGCCUGAAGCCAAGCAUCACUCGAUUUAUGUUCCUGGCUUACAACGCCGAGUUGAAGGAGUCACUUGUCUUGUGUCAACCCAUAACCGGAAGGACACACCAGAUAAGGGCCCACCUGAAGAGCCUGUCCUUCGCAAUAUCAAACGACCCUCAGUAUAAUGACAACUUCGCCAAGGAGUACAUGGACAAGUCGGUGUAUUUGCACUUUGACGAGGGGAAACCGUCGGGGGAGCAGUCGGUGGAAGGAGCCGCGCCGAGCCAGUACACAAAUGGGACAGAAAUCGACGCACAUCGUGAGGUAAGCUCUGCACCCACUGUCAAACCCAACCCAGACAAAAAAGACAACCUCGAAAAAUAUACCCACUUCCCUCUCAUCCCGUUCCUAAACACAUCCUUCCAUUGGCUCUACGACGAAAAGAUCGAUUUGAACGACACAUACAACGAAGCAGAUUUGAAUAACUAUUUUUUUAAAAAAAUUAGUAACAUCACGUAUCACAGCUCGGGAAUAUUUCUUCACUCCUUCCGAUACACAUGGGAAAAUGUGUUUGAUGUUUUUACACUUCUACCAAAGUGGUGUUCUUUAUUUUACCUUCCCAAGGGGCUACUCGCAUUUUUGCUCUACGGCUCUCUGUCGUAA